AUGAAUGAUGUUCUCCAUCAAAGUACAUCCAGUCUCUACGUGGAUCAGCAAGAGAUUACAGGAUUUAAAGGAGAUAACAUAAACAUCAAGUGUCACUAUCAAAACUCUGGAGAAAGGAAGUGGUGCAGGCCCGGCGGCUCCUGUGUGACAAAGUCUGGAUCAAUAGAUGGAACAAGAGUCGACAUCAGUGCACGCAGCACUGGUGUUCUCACUGUGGCUAUGAGCGGACUGAGGACAGAGAGCAGCGGCUGGUAUCGGUGUGUUAAAGGAGACUUACAGAUGCCAGUGCACAUAACUGUUUCUGAGAAACCUACAACUAUUGCAGCCACAAGCCAAAUAACCACCUUGGCACCCACCUCCAAACCUGUGAAUCACACCUAUAGUACUGCAGAACAAAGACUUUCCACUGUUGAGGUUGAGCAGCAAAGUGUUUCAGUAAACUUGAUGGUCUUUAUCAUCCCGCUGAGCUCGCUGAUCUUCAUUGUAACGGACCCGGUUGCCUCGUUCAUCUGCUUAAUGAUCAAAAGACACAAGCAGACCAAAGGAGAUUCUUCCACAAUAAUGGGUAAAGAGGAAGCAACAUACAGUACUGUUAAGCAAAGGAGAAAGACUUCAGGCCAGCUUCAUCGUGCUGAAGAGGAAGUAACAUACAGCGAUGUUAAACAAAGACAACCUACAGACAAGUGGUCGGAUGCUAAUAGAGAUGUGGAUGUGAUGUACUCUGGUGUGAUGUACUCUGAUGUGGUUACUAUAGAGCAUCAAACUGGACAAAAGGAGGGACCCAUAUUUGAUCUGGUGCAUUUUAUAUUUAGGAAAAAAGGAAGUAGAGCAUCAGUUCGUACAUGUUGUUUGGUCCGCUCACACUCUGACAUGGCUGUUCAUCUCGGCUUCCUUCUCAUUUUGAUCGGACUCACAGGAAUUCACAGCAUAACUACAGUCAGUAAAGUCUCAGUGAGAGCUGGAGGUUCGAUCACUGUCCCAUGUCUCUAUGAGUCAAAGUACAGCAACCAUGUGAAAUACUUGUGUAAAGGAUCUACUUGGGCCUUCUGUUCUUAUGAAGUUAAAACAAACAAACCAAGCAGUUCAGGAACGUUUUCGAUCUCUGAUGACAAAAAACUAAGAGUCUUCACUGUGACUAUAAAUGAUCUGACUGAAGAGGACACUGGUUAUUACUGGUGUGCUGUGGAUAUUAAUGGAGGCUCAGAUUGGGGAACACUUUUCCACCUGUCAGUCACAGGAGGCAAUCCAUAUCUAUAUGUGGAUGAACAGAAGAGGACAGGAUUCAGAGGAGAGGAAAUAACCAUCAAUUAUCACUAUUAUAACUAUGGAGAAAUGAAGUGGUGCAGGCUGGGCAGCUCCUGUGUGACAUGGCCGAAUGGAUCAUUAGAUAACUCAAGAGUCACCAUCAAUGCGAAUGAUUCCCAGGUUCUCACUGUGACUAUGAGCGGACUGAGGACAGAGAGCAGCGGCUGGUAUUGGUGCGUUAAAGGAGACUUACAGAUGCCAGUGCACAUAACUGUUACUGAGAAACCUACAACUACAAAAAGUCUUGUCACCCAUGAGCCUGUGAAGCACACCACUGAGCCUGUGAAGCACACCACUAGUUCUGCAGACCAAGCACUUUCCACUGUUGAGGUUGAGCACCAAAGUGUUUCAGGGAACUUAAAGAUCUUCAUCAUCCGUUGGAGUUUGCUGAUCAUCUUUGCGAUGGUGAACUUGUUCAUCUGGUUUAUGUCCAAACGACAAGAGCAGACAAUAGUAGAAUCAUCAGCCACGACAACGGUAAAAUAUUUGAUUUAUUUUCCUAAUAUAACUUUUCACAGCGAAGACAUUACAUUUAGAGGAAGAGACGACAUCAUUGUAAUUGAUUUAUUUUAUACUUUAUAUUUAUUGUUGUUAAGAAGGGACUCAAACAAGUAUUUCUUCCCAAACUAAUAAUAUACUAUUUCAAAUGUGCCAAUGUUAUUUUACCUAAUACAAUCUCGUUUUUUUUCUCC